AUGGCAGAAGGUCAUGAUGGUUCCUCCAAAAGGGAGCUUGUAGGGCCUUCGACUCCUCGGUCAUCCCGCCGCUGCAGCUUUGCUCACUCUGGCGAAUAUCGUCAACACUUCCACCUGAGGAAUCGCCACACAGAGCAGGAAGAGGAUGAAGACUCCUUGGACAGUCAUCCUAGUUUGCAGUUAAAUGAACUGCCUUCAUCUGGUUUCUAUGAGGAGCUGUUCUGUGCCAGUCAGACCCCCAUGUCUCUAGUGCCCCUAGCCGGUGCUUUAAUGGCCUCUUUGGGGCCUCAGAGUGACGUAGUGAAAGAAGGAUACCUGGGGAAGCUGGAGCGGAGCCACAGAAGAUAUUUUGCGCUGAGAACUGGAAGUCACAUCGGUCCCAGCAGACUUGAGUGGUACAAGAACCAGGAGAAAUUCACCGCAGUGAAGUCUACAGGAAGGGCCUCUCUGUUUGGAGCCAACAAGCAAGGGGUCAUUUACCUGCCAUGCUGUCUUGGUGUGAGUCGGAGUGGGAGUUCCCGUAAAGGCCACACGGUGGCACUGUACGACAAGGACCAGACCUUGGUGCUGGUGAUGGAGGAGCAGCAGCAACAAGAUGAUUGGUAUGUGGCCAUAAAGAACCUAAUGGAGGGACAGCAGAAGGAUGAGGAGCAUGAAGAUGGUUUUGAGGAAGAGGAUGAUGGAUACUGCACUCUGCCGCCAGCAGCUUUCUUUAAGGAGGUUUGGUCCGUCAUGGUGAAGCCCAGAGGUUUGGGCUCUUCCAAACCGUUCACAGGGGAGAACCGACUAUGCCUUACGCCAUCAACACUCGUUUUUGUCCGACUGGGCUCUAACAAUGACUUGCCAUCAGUGACGAUACCUUUGCUAAGUGUUCGCCGCUUCGGACACCUUGAUGGCUUUUUCUAUUUGGAGCUUGGCAGGUUGGCGCCUCACGGCCCUGGAGAGAUCUGGAUGGAGGCAAGACACGGAGGAGACCCAGCUGUGGCCCAACAGAUUCACGACGCAGUUCGGGAGGCUGUACAAGCCCUACGAGCUCUUCCAGACUUCAGCAGAUCACCGACCUCCCUUUAUAAUCAGCAGCCGGCUGUUGUGGCCUCAAAACGCUGCAGACCCAAACAGAGAGACAAGCCGGCUAAUGUGAGAUCUCUUAAACCUCUGGUUCUGCAAUAUAGGUGCCCCGAGAACCAAUCCAGCCCUGUGCAACAUCCCAGAGGACCUCAGGAACCAGAAGACAUCAAGUCUGAAUCCCCUCAGAGCUUCAGCUCAAACCUCAGCCCUUCUAGGCAGCAGCAGAGCCCAGAGCCGGAACCCAAAAGCUGCACAAUGCAGAGCUGGGGGUCAGUUGAGAAAGAAGGCGGCCUCGGGUAUGUGAUCAUGUCCCCGACAGUCAGCCGCAGCUUAUCGGAGUUAUCUCAGGAGGAUUAUGUCGUCAUGGAGAGUCCACAAAAACUCAAUCAUCAACCGGGAUAUUUUUCCUCUUCGUCAUCCUCUUCCCUUCGCACAUCAUUCAGCAGCUCCACUUAUGACGGUUUCUCUCCUCUGAAUCCAUCACGUCUUCAGACCAGCGACAUCAGUCAGACUUGUUGCCCUGGGACUCCAGAAAAUGUCCCGUCUCAACAAGAACCCAGCUGUAAUCCUCAACUAGAUGUUGAUGUCCUGCAAGAUCAGAUUGAUAGGUCUGUGCUGAUUCCUCCAUUUCUGUUGUGCGCAUCGGAAAUCAAAAAGCCUCCACGGACUGGUCCAAAUGUAGAUACAGGCCAGUCCAUUCCCCCUCAGCCUGUGCAGGACCAGUCCGCUGUCAGAAGGUACUGGCUACCAACAUGUCUGCUUUCUUGCCUUCAAAAAGGCGAAAUAUCUUGAGUGUUAGGGCACUUAUUUACUUAUAUCUCAAUAUUAAGAAGUGCUUAUUUAUUUAAUUAUAUAGUG